AAGACUUCCGCCCCGCAGAGGACGUUCCUCCAUGUCCGCCCAGCUCUAGUUCUGCGCAGUCUCCUCGAGUUGUUUGUCAUCUCUAUGGCAACCCAGUAGCUCCGAAGAUGGAGACCAACGCUGCUAAGGAGGGAUCAUUGUCGCGAUCUAUGGACUCACAGCCCAGCUCCGAAGGACUGGGGCACACUUCGGAAACGUUUUCUUCUGGAGGUCCUGGGUCUGCCCCGAUGGCCGCGAGCACAGCAGCUGCGAAGACUGCAUCAGCUGCUGCACCCACAGCAGCCGUUGCCCACCCAGCUGCUUUGUCUACCAAAAGCUCAGAGCCCUGUUCUGAGUUCACGGAGCUGUCCUCUAACCUCAGUCUUCCUGGGGAUCCCUGCACUGGACCCAGCUUUACCCACAGGAUAGGCAGUGGGAGUCUUGGCUUUGAGCCCUCCUAUAUUUCCUGUAUUGCUCAGGAUCCCUGUGCUACAACUGAUUUUAGCUCUAGCCCGGGCCCUGGCCUUGGCCCUGGCUCUGGCUCUGGGUCAGGUCCUGGUGAUAGCUCUGUCCCUGGCUCUGGUUUUGGCCCUGGUGUUGGCUCUGUCCCUGGCCAUGGCCCUGGUCCUGGUGUUGGCUUUGUCCUUGGCCGUGACCCUGGCCCUGGCUCUGGCUCAGGGUCAGGUCCUAGUGGUAGCUCUGUCCCUGGCUCUGGCUUUGGCCCUGGUGUUGGCUCUGUCCCUGGCCAUGGCCCUGGUCCUGGUGUUGGCUUUGUCCUUGGCCAUGACCCUGGCCCUGGCUCUGGCUCAGGGUCAGGUCCUGGUGGUAGCUCUGUCCCUGGCUCUGGCUUUGGCCCUGGUGUUGGCUCUGUCCCUGGCCAUGGCCCUGGUCCUGGUGUUGGCUUUGUCCUUGGCCGUGGCUCUGGUCCUGGCAGUGGCUCUGUCCAUGGUCAUGGUCCUGGUCCUGACAGUAGCUCUGUCCAUGGCCAUGGCUCUGGUCCUGGUGGUGACUCUGACCCUGGCCAUGACUCUGGCCCUGACUCUGGGCCUGGUGCAGACUCUGGACCAGGCCCUGAGCACAGCUUCCACAUUCCUCCAAGGUUCAGAAACCUUGGGGCAGAUCUGGUCCCUAAUUAUACAUGUUGGAGUCCUUACUGCCACUGGGACACUCAGAAACAACCACCCUGGAAAUUUUUGCAAGUCUCAGAACCUGGUUCCCGAGGGCUAUGGAAGCCCUCAGAGGUUGAAGGGAAGCCUAAGUUUCUCUAUGAAACAUUGCCGCGGGGCCAAUGCCUCCUCUACAACUGGGAAGAAGAGAGAGCCACCAACCACUUGGAUCAAGUCCCAAGCGCCCAGGAUGGCUCUGAGAGUUUCUUCUUCCGACAUGGACACCAAGGACUUCUGACCAUGCAACUGCAAUCACCCAUGUCCUCCAGCACCACCCACAAAGACUCAUACCAGCCCCCAGGAAACCUUUGUCAGCCACUGCGAGGGAAGCGUGAAGCCAUGCUGGAAAUGUUCCUGUACCACCAGAUCUGGGGAGAAUGGCCUCGAUACUCCCCAGGGCUGCAUAGUAAAGAGGUACAGGUAGAGCAGGAACCCACAAGAACACUCUCUGAGGUGGAGUCUGUGACACACCAUGACUACCGAACAGAGCUGGUCCAAGCAGAGCCUCCUACCCCAACAAAGCCUCAUGACUACCAGCAGGAGCAGCCUGAAACCUUCUGGUUACAGAGGGCACCACAGCUACCGGGUGUCAGUAACAUCAGGACCCUGGACACACCAUUCCGGAAGAACUGCAGCUUCUCCACACCAGUGCCCUUGUCUCUGGGGCAGCCUGUGCCCUAUGAACCUGAGAGUUACCCUUACCGAAUGGGAGAAAUAUCUUCCCUGGCCUGUCAGGGAGGAAGGCAGGGUGGUGGAGGGAGGAGAACAACUCCUGUUUAAGGAUUAAGGAGAAAACUGAGAUACGGAUUAUGAAAUCUAUCUCUGUCUGUACUAGGGAAGGGAGCAGAAGUUAAUCUGUCCUUGAUAAAGGGGCUUUACAUAAAGGGUGCUCUCUUAUCCUGAGACUAC